UAAUAUUAAGCUAGCUGACGUUAGCUAAAAUAUGUCAUGAUGUACCCGCGUCUCACAACUGCUGGUUAACAUAACGUUACUUUAGCUAAACAUAGAUUCACGUGUUUAGCGUGUGGCUAAUGUGAACUGCCCACACCUAACCACAGGUUACAGCUGUAACUUUACAAUUAGCACGUUUGUCCAUAGGAGUUAAAAUGCUAACCUCUCGAACACGAUUAGCGUUAGCUAACGUUAGCGUUGCAAGUGUCGUACCAGAGUGAAUGUCUGAAAGCCUCAUCAGAUUUUAACGAUGGACGGAGACAGCUCAACCACCGACGCCUCCCAGCUGGGCAUCACUGGAGAGUACAUGGCAUCUGGUCACUAUGUUCUCCAGUCUCAAGAUGAUGACGCUGAGGAGAAUCUCAAUGACCAUGAAGAGGGUGGAGUCAAGGAGAACUACAGGGAGCAGGACAUCUAUCUUCCUAUUGCCAACGUGGCUCGCAUCAUGAAGAAUGCUGUUCCUCAAACUGGAAAGAUUGCAAAAGAUGCCAAAGAGUGUGUGCAGGAGUGUGUAAGUGAGUUCAUUAGCUUCAUCACAUCGGAGGCGAGCGAGCGCUGCCACCAGGAGAAGAGGAAGACCAUCAACGGAGAGGACAUCCUGUUCGCCAUGUCCACACUGGGCUUCGACAUGUACGUGGAGCCGCUGAAACUCUACCUGCAGAAGUUCAGAGAGGCAAUGAAGGGGGACAAGGGCAUCGCUGGGGUGACAGGAGCAGAAAGCCUGGGGGAGGAUCUCACCGAUGAUACCUUCACAAAUCCCCUGCCAGCUGGCAUCAUCACAGCAGACGGACAGCAGCAGAACGUCAUGGUGUACACCACCACGUAUCAACAGAUUCCCACUGUGCAACAGAUCCAGUUUUCAUGAUGAGGCCUUACUCCAAGCCUGAAUGCAGCGGCUUCACACCCGCACUCACCAGAUGCCCGCUGAGCCCGCCACUGGGUAAAGGUUGUCAGACGGACAGGCAGAGAGGAGGGGGAGGCAUCUGCACAAACCAUGGUGUACAGAGUCAGUACCUGUUGAGUAGAAAGUGUAGUUUCUAGUUGUGAGGUACCAAAUGUUUUGGAGUGCAUCCAAACCAGCUGGGAAAUCUGAGGCUUUAUUUUAAAGGCUUAUUACAUGGUUUAGUGAUUGAAUUGUUUUGUUAUGUUUGUUAAUAUGGUUGCUUUUGUC